AUGGGGGCAGGAAGACAGGUCAGACUCCUGCUGUGGAAGAACUGGACUAUCCGCAGGAGGCAGAGGAUGCGUUUCUUCAUGGAGAUCAUGUGGCCUGUUAUGCUGUGCAUGGGACUGGUGUGGCUUAGACGAGUGAAUCCGCUUUAUCGUCAACAUGAAUGCCACUUCCCCAACAAGGCCAUGCCGUCUUCAGGGGUCCUGCCAUGGAUUCAAGGAAUCUUCUGUAAUGCCAACAACCCUUGUUUUCAAGACCCUACCCGUGGUGAAUCUCCUGGAGUGGUCUCCAACUACAACAACUCCAUAUUUGCUCGGUUCUACACGGAUGCCCAGGAGCUUCUUUUUAGCGACCCAGAGUUCCUGCAGCUAGGCCGCCUCUGGGGGGAACUGAAUGCUAUGAGUAACUUCAUGGACACCCUGCGCACACAUCCAGAACACAUUUCAGGCCGAGGAAUAAAGGUGGAGGCUAUCCUAAAGGACGAUGAGCUGCUGACAUCAUUCCUGCUGAGAGACAUUCCUCUGACACAGGCUGUGGUGUAUCAACUAGUAAAUGCCCAAAUCAGGCCUGAACAGUUUGCCUCUGGGGUUCCAGCCUUGCAUUUAAAGGAUAUUGCAUGCAGUCUGAACCUGCUGGAGAGAUUCCUCGUCUUCCCCAGCAAAAGAGGACUCCACGCUGUUCGCAACGCCAUGUGCAUCCUUACUCCUCAACGGCUACAGAUCAUUGAGGACAAAUUAUACGCAAAUGUUGACUUUUUCAAGCUCUUUCGGACGCUUCCUAUGGUGCUGGACAAUCACUCAAAGGGCAUUGAAAUUCAGCUCUGGGUACGGGUUGUCUCCGCUGUCUCGGAAAAACUGCGAGAGUUGUCCCAGAGGAAUAGCUCCAGGGAGCUUCUUCAGGUCAUGACUCCUCUCUUCCAGAACAAUCUGUCUUUCAGGCAGGCGAUGGCUGCUGCCUCCAGCCUGGUCUGUGGCUACACUGAAGCUGCUUUCUCCCGCGUUACCUCCUUUAAUUGGUAUGAGGACAAUAACUACAAAGCCUUCCUAGGCAUCGGCAGCGGCAAAUCACGGAGCCACUACACAUACGACAACAGCACCACUCCUUUCUGCAAUGAACUGAUGGAAGAACUGGAGUCCAACCCUGUCACCAGGAUUGUGUGGAACUCUGUGAAGCCCAUGCUGAUGGGACAGAUCCUCUAUGCACCCGAUUCGCCGGCUGUCAGGCAGAUCAUGAAAAAUGCAAACACUACAUUUGAGGAGCUGGAGAGGCUGAGGACGAUGGGGAAGGCAUGGGAGGAAGUGGCUCCUCAGAUCUGGGCUUUUUUCCAAGAUGGCGUCCAAGUCAAGAUGAUCCGGGACACCAUCAACAAUCCAUCAGUGAUGGAUUUCAUUGACAGGAGUCUAGAGGAGUCUCCGCUCUCCUCCAAACACAUCCUCAACUUCCUGUACAACGGUCCACCUGAGGACCGUCCAGCUGACGUCCCUGAAUUUGACUGGCGAGACAUCUUCAACGUCACUGACCGGGUCAUUCAGAUGCUAAACCAAUAUGGUGAUUGUGUACUGCUGGAUAAGUUUGUGGCUGUGCCUGAUGAGAACACCAUCACUCAUCGAGCCUUGGACCUGUUAGAGGACAACAAGUUCUGGGCAGGCCUCAUCUUCGUUAAUAUGCACUCUUGGACCACCAAUGUCCCACCUCAUGUUAAGUUCAAGAUUCGGAUGGAUAUUGAUGCAGUGGAGCGUACCAAUAAGGUCAAAGAUAGGUAUUGGGACCCGGGCCCCAGAGCUGAUCCUAUGGAUGACUUCCGCUAUGUUUGGGGAGGCUUUGCUUACCUUCAGGACAUCAUAGAGCACGGGAUCAUCAAGACUCAGACAGGAAAGGAGUGGCCAAUGGGUAUUUACCUACAGCAGAUGCCCUACCCUUGUUAUGUGGAUGACCUCUUCAUGCUCGCAUUGAACCGCUGUUUCCCCAUCUUCAUGGUACUGGCCUGGGUCUACUCUGUGUCCAUGAUUGUCAAGAGUAUUGUCCUGGAGAAGGAACUACGCCUGAAGGAGACCAUGAAGGCCAUGGGGGUCACUAAUGGAGUCAUCUGGUCCACUUGGUUUAUUGACAGCUUCCUCAUGAUGGGCACUAGCACGGCGCUCCUAACCGCCAUCAUCAUGGGAGGAAGGGUCCUGAACUACAGCAACGGCAUCAUCCUCUUCCUUUUUUUGCUCAGCUUCACCAUGGCUACCAUCAUGCAAUGCUUCCUCCUCAGCGUCUUCUUCAACCAGGCCAACCUAGCAGCAGCCUGCUGUGGGAUCGUUUACUUUACCCUUUACCUCCCGCACAUCUUCUGCUUCGCAUGGCAAGACCGCAUCACAAAGGACAUGAAGCUGUUGCUGAGUCUGCUGUCCCAAGUGGCUUUUGGCUUUGGAACAGAGUACCUGUCGCGAUAUGAGGAGCAGGGCCUGGGUCUGCAGUGGGACAACAUCCAAACCAGCCCUUUGGAGGGGGAUGAGUUCUCCUUUCUUACUUCCAUCAGUAUGAUGGGCCUGGACACUGUGCUUUAUGCUGUGUUGGCCUGGUACCUGGACAAUGUCUUCCCUGGCCAGUAUGGAAUUAGUCGUCCGUUUUACUUUCCCUUCCUGCCCUGUUAUUGGUUUAACAGUGUGUCGCCGGAUUUAGGUGACGACAAACUACAUUUGGAUAACAAAUGCUUUGAUAACAUGGCCAACAAAGAGCAAGGAGAGCUGCAGAAGCAAGAGGAAAAUGAAAACCAAAAUCAAGAGGAGGCCAAGACUCAGGAGGAGACGGCCUCAUGUGAACACCAGGAGAACCAGGCUGAGGCAGAGGAGAACCAGGAGAAAGAAGGUCAGUCAUUCUUUGAAGCAGAGCCAGCUGACCUGGUGAAGGGUGUUUGUAUUCAGGACCUGGUCAAGGUGUUCAGUGGUAACCCUACGCCAGCAGUGGAUGGACUUAGCAUCAGCUUUUAUGAGAGCCAGAUUACUGCCUUUCUGGGACAGAAUGGGGCUGGGAAGACCACCACCAUGUCUAUCUUGACUGGUAUGUUCCCUCCCACCUCAGGGACAGCCACCAUCUACGGCAAGGACAUCCGCACAGACAUGGACACCAUCCGCCUGUCUCUGGGAAUGUGCCCUCAACACAACAUUCUUUUUCAGCAUAUGACUGUAGCGGAACAUAUCCUCUUCUACUCGCAGUUGAAAGGCCGUUCAAUAGCAGAGGCCGAGCAGGAGGUGGAGAACAUGCUGCAGGAUCUGGGUCUUCCACACAAGAGAAAUGAACUGACCCAGAACCUCUCAGGUGGAAUGCAGAGGAAGUUAUCAGUAGCUUUGGCGUUUGUUGGUGGGGCCAAGGUGGUGAUCCUGGAUGAGCCCACUUCAGGGGUAGACCCCUACUCCAGACGCUCCAUUUGGGACCUGCUGCUCAAAUAUCGUGCAGGGCGCACAGUGAUCAUGUCCACCCACCACAUGGACGAGGCGGACCUGCUGAGUGACAGGGUGGCGAUCAUCUCUCAGGGCCGCCUCUGCUGCUCCGGUUCCCCUAUCUUCCUCAAGAACUGUUUUGGCGCAGGUUUCUACCUCACUCUUGUAAGAAAAAUGAAACAUGAUACUCAAAAGUUUAAAGUGGACCAGGAGGAGAUUCAGACUUCAGACAGACAGCUGGAUGGUAACAUGGAAAGCAUCACAGCCCUGAUCAAGCAUCACGUGCCCCAGGCUCGGCUCAUCGAGGCCAUUGGCCAGGAGCUGACCUACCUGCUGCCAAACCAAAACUUCCAGCACAGAGCGUACGCCAGCCUGUUCAGAGAGCUGGAGGAAACCCUGGUGGACAGCGGCCUGAGCAGCUUUGGGGUCUCCGACACAUCGCUCGAGGAGAUCUUCCUAAAGGUCACUGCUAGUGGGACCAACAGGAAAUGUAUUCCAGACAAGAAAUCAUUGCAACAGAUCUGUCGUAGACUCUGUGGAUUCAACAGAGUGGCAGUUGAUAUGGAACCACCGAAAGAUUCAGAUGGGCCUUUGAAAACCAAUGGCCGGGGCCCGUGUGAUGUCUCGGACGGCACUGCAGGCCGGGGGUCCUACCAGGUCAGAGGGGUGCGUCUCACCAUCAAACAGUUCUUCGCACUGCUGAUCAAGAGAUUGCAUCAUGCAACGCGAUCUUACAAAGACUUCUUCGCCCAGAUUGUGCUGCCAGCCAGUUUUGUUUUUGUGGCACUGACGUUCACUCUGAUCGUUCCACCUUUCGGAGAGUAUCCAAGUCUGACCCUCAGUCCCUGGAUGUAUGGGAGACAGUACACCUUCUUCCGCAAUGAGCGUCCUAUGGAUGCUCAGAUGAGAUACUUUGGUGAGGUGCUGUUGAACAAGCCUGGCUUUGGGACACGUUGCAUGGUGGAUGAGCCACUGGAAGAUUUCCCAUGUCACAACAUCACUACAGAGUGGGAGAUGCCCCUGAUUAACCCCGUCCUGAUAGAAAUGCUGGCCGGCCCAGAAUGGACCUCCCUCAGACCGUCUCCUGACUGUCAGUGCAGCACUCCCAGUAAACUCACCAUGCUCCCUGUGUGUCCUGCUGGAGCUGGAGGCCUGCCACCUCCACAGAGGAUCCAGUCAACAGGAGAUGUUCUCAUGGACCUAACAGGCAGGAGCAUCUCUGACUACCUGGUGAAGACCUACCCCAGCCUCAUCAGAACCAGCUUGAAGAGCAAAUAUUGGGUGAAUGAACAAAGGUAUGGAGGUAUAUCAGUGGGAGGGCAGCUUCCUCUUUUAGAGCUGCAGCCAAAGACCAUCCAGGAUGUAGCAGCACAGAUGGGACGACUGCUCAAUGUCACUGGGGGAAAAUACUCCAAGCAAACGCUAAAGGACAUAGGAACCUUCCUCAAAUUUAUGGAAACUCAAAACAAUGUCAAGGUGUGGUACAACAAUAAAGGCUGGCAUGCCAUGGUUUCCUUUAUGAAUGUGGCUAACAACGCCAUCCUUCGUGCAAACCUGCCGAAAGGAGCUAACCUGGAUACAUAUGGAAUCACUGCCAUCAACCACCCUCUGAACCUCACCAAAGAACAGCUGUCUGAGAUCACUGUCCUGACCACCUCAGUGGAUGCAGUGGUGGCCAUCUGUGUCAUCUUUGCCAUGUCCUUCGUUCCUGCCAGCUUCGUGCUCUAUUUAAUCCAGGAGAGGGUAACCCAGGCCAAACACCUGCAGUUUGUCAGUGGUGUCAGUCCAUUGGUGUACUGGAUGGCCAACUUCCUCUGGGACAUGUUGAAUUACUCCAUUAGUGCAGCGUUGGUGGUUGAAAUAUUCAUAUUCUUUGAUAAGAAGUGCUACACCUCACCAACCAACAUCCAGCCACUUAUUUCCUUGCUUAUGCUUUAUGGCUGGUCUGUGACGCCCAUGAUGUACCCCAUGUCCUUUGCAUUCAGCGUCCCCAGCACAGCAUACGUCUCUUUGUCAUGUAUCAACCUCUUCAUUGGCAUCAACAGCAGUGCCAUCACCUUCAUCCUGGACCUCUUUGAGGGCACCACAGCCUUGUACAGGUUCAACCAGAUGUUAAAGACUGUGCUGCUCAUCUUCCCACAUUACUGCCUGGGCCGAGGUCUCAUAGACAUGGCCAUGAACCAGGCUGUGACUGAUAUCUACGCUCGCUUUGGUGAGGACUACAGUCCGGACCCCUAUAACUGGGACUUCUUGGGGAAGAACAUUUUCUGCAUGGCUGUUGAAGGAUUUCUAUAUUUCAUCUUGAACCUUCUGUUUCAGUAUCGCUUCUGCCUGGAUCACUGGAUGUCAGAUUGCACCAUGCCUCCUAUUGUGGAUGAAGAUUUAGAUGUGGCAGAGGAACGAGAUCGACUCUAUAAGUGUGAAAAAACAAAUGACAUCUUAUGCGUACGAGACCUGUCCAAGACAUACACAGGAACAAUCAUCCCUGCAGUGGAUCGAAUCUGUGUCGCAGUGUCACCUGGACAGUGCUUUGGUCUACUUGGGGUAAAUGGAGCAGGGAAGACAACAACCUUUAAAAUGUUGACUGGAGACAUUGAUGUCACCUCAGGAAAGGCCUCAGUUGCUGGUCACAGCAUUCUGACCAACAUCCUGGAUGUCCACCAGAACAUGGGGUACUGCCCACAGUUUGAUGCCAUAGAUGAGCUGCUAACAGGCAGAGAACAUCUCCACCUCUACGCUCGCCUGCGUGGAGUUCCAGAGUCUGAGAUCAGCAGGGUUGCAGAGUGGGCCAUUGAGAAACUGGGUCUGUCAGAGUAUGCCAGCCAAAGUGCUGGGACCUACAGCGGGGGUAACAAGAGAAAACUCUCCACAGCGAUCGCCAUGAUAGGCUGCCCUGCGCUGGUGCUACUGGAUGAGCCCACUACAGGCAUGGACCCUCUCUCCAGACGCUUCCUGUGGAACUCCAUCAUGAGUGUUAUUCAAGACGGACGUGCUGUGGUCCUCACCUCACAUAGUAUGGAGGAAUGUGAGGCGCUAUGUACCCGCUUAGCAAUUAUGGUUAAUGGAUCCUUUAAGUGUUUGGGAACUAUUCAGCAUCUGAAAUACAAGUUUGGUGACGGCUACGUGGUGACCAUGAAGAUAAGGGCAGCUAAACCUGGUUGUUCCCCAGACCUGACCCCUGCUGAAGCCUUCAUGGAGAGCACCUUCCCCGGCUGCAUACAGAGAGAGAAACACCACAACACUCUGCAGUACAAGAUUUCCUUCUCCUCCCUGGCUAAGAUCUUUCAAAUGGUCCUAGCUAACAAAGACAAGCUCAACAUAGAGGACUACUCAGUGUCCCAAACCACUCUUGACCAGGUUUUUGUGAAUUUCGCCAAGCAACAGUCUAGAGAGGACGAAGCUAUCGUGUUGCAUCCAAAAGCUGCUGGGGCACAGCGAUAUAUUGAAGCAAUACCCUUCAAGCCUUUGAAGAAGUGAACUUACUUUCAUGAGUUCAACUAGAGGACGAUGCUUUGGAGGAAUGAAAGUUGAACCUCCUUUUCAAAUAAAACAGUCAAAAGAAGAAUCUCUACAUUCCUGGUCUGUUGGAGACAAGUGACUUAUGCCUUCAUAUUUGAGCAAAAGAAGGGUGUAUAUCACAUCAUUGGAGGAGCCUUUUGAGUGGGGCAGUCCUUGUUGAUCCAUUAUGUGGGGUUGGAUCUUGAAAUGCAGUUCGUGAUUGAAGCAGCCCUAUGUAGGACAUGAUCAUAUAUGUCAUAUUUGACUGUUGAUUUGACAUGUUGCAAUACUUUUAUUUUCCAGCAAUGCAGUAAAUGGGCUUUGGAAUUUGGAAAUUGUGGCGCAUGUGCGUGCUUUAUGUUCCAAGUCUUGCUCACCUUGUAGGCCUUGCAAACUAAAAAACAGAACUUGAUUUGCCCGUGACUUUGAUUGCUUACGUGUAAAAAAAAAGGUUCAAUAUCAUGUUGUGAUGGGAAUGUGGAGAAAGCAUGAAGGUUCCGUGUUUCUUUUUUAAUUUGCUUUCAGACGCCAUAUUUGUUUUGCCUUCUACAGAUUUGCAGAAUAAGCACAAUAUUCUUAGCACUUUAUUGAUGCAGCUUUAAUUGAAGCAUCACAAUUAUUUUCAAGAUGUUCUGCUAGCGGCUAGUGCAAUACAGCUAAUGCUUUCUUUUUUUUUUUUUACAAAAUCCUCUUGCUGCUAUGGUAUUCAUUUUAAUAUCAUGUGAUGAUUUUCUGCCACACAUAUCUUGUUCACACUUUGCGCUUUAUCAUUAUGAAAAUGUUAUCGGGGCUUCAUAUCAAAUAAAUAAACACUUAAGAUGUGGACUUUUCCCCACAGAAAUCG